UCUUAUCUCUCAACUUUUUAUGUUCCUCGAGAAGAAACUCACUCCUUCCCUGUGGGGGAAUCUUUUUUUUGUUACUUUUUUUUGUUACUUUUUCCCCCACCUCAUAAGUCUUAAAUUGGAAGGCAAAACAUGUAAGCCAGACCAGGAGAGCAGAAGCCUUUUGAGCCACGCAGAACCCUGCUAAUUUAGUAGAACUAAUUAGGAGGCCUGUUGAUAACAGAGCUGCCGUGCCUUUACUCUGCAAAUACUUGUGUUCUCUUUUUGAGUCUAAAGUACACUGAACCCCUAAACACAGAAGAAGCUUCAUGUGCCGAAUGCUUCCAUGAUUAACACAGUGAUAAUGACUUUAAAAAGCGCUUCAAAGUAUUGGUUUGAGUCUCGUCGGGCAAACGUGGGAUUGAACCUUGGCUUCUCAGUUCCAAGAAAACAUCUCAGCAGAUCUUUCAGCAGAUCACAAGUAGCUUCUGUCACAGACGGGCUUCCCACACGUUAUUCCCAAAUCUCAGCCGCUCCCAGAUUUAGCUUCCCCCUCCCAGGAACGUCAGAUCUAUGAGGGGCAGAGAACUGCCUUGUGAUUUUUAGAGAAAACGACGAGAUUCCAGGUUUGCUGGAGGGUGCUGAGCUCACCUGGGCAAUCUCGAUGGAGGGCACCACCAUCUGAGCACUGACCUGACUCUGUUUUAGUUCCAGGGGUGCCCGAGUGACACCGGAGCCAAGAUGAACGUGGGGACAGCACACAGCGAGGUGAACCCCAACACCCGUGUCAUGAACAGCAGGGGCAUCUGGUUGUCCUACGUCCUGGGCAUCGGCCUCCUGCACGUCGUGCUCCUCAGCAUCCCCUUCUUCAGCGUCCCCGUGGUUUGGACUCUUACCAACAUCAUCCACAACAUGAGCAUGUACAUCUUCCUGCACACCGUCAAAGGAACCCCCUUUGAGACCCCGGACCAGGGGAAGGCUCGGCUGCUGACGCACUGGGAGCAGAUGGACUACGGCGUGCAGUUCACCGCGUCCCGCAAGUUCCUCACCAUCAUGCCCAUCGUCCUGUAUUUUCUAACCAGCUUUUACACAAAGUAUGACCGGAUACACUUCAUAAUCAACACCAUCUCCCUUAUGAGCGUCCUGAUCCCCAAACUGCCUCAGUUUCACGGAGUCCGGAUCUUUGGGAUCAACAAGUACUGAAACCCUGUGGCUGGAGAGAACAGAAGAGGAGCAGGGGAGAGGAGGGGGGGGAGGGUUCCUUCUCUCUCUAAUCCUGCUUCCUCACCCCCACGCACACUGGGAUAUAGUUUCACAGCGGCUGUUUCAAUGCAGUAUCCAAUAGACAUAUACCGCAUGCUGGAUCCUCAUGCCCAAUAAGUCUAAACAAGCUCCAGAGUAGAGUUUAGCGCAGAGCAAGGAUGCCUGACGCUGGGUUUUCUCUUAUUCCAGCGUCAUAACUAGAUGCAGAUACACUGAGACUUCAAGGUACAACAAGGAUGAGUUCUGGGGAGAUUGUGUCAUCUGUCCCAGACGUGGAACGAAGAGGACAGGGAUGAGGGGAAAAGCUUUUAGUGCUGGUACUAUUGCUGUGGUAAAUGCACUUUACGAUAUAUUUCCCUUUCUGAAGCUAGGUGCUUUAAGCGCUACGUGGGGGAAAUUCAAAGGGAUACAGCCAGACUUUCCCAAUACUUGAUUGUUUCGGGGUUUGAGUUUCCAUUUUCGGGUGGGCGAGUGGGAGGGGGAGGAGAGAAUGACAGAUUUUUUUAUUUUGCAAUCUUCUUUUACGCCACUGAGAAAGGAAGUUCUUUUACUAAAAACAGUACAGGAAGGAACAACCUGCAAUCUGACAAAGCUCUCAGUUUUCUACGGUACCGUUCGUGUGGUUGAGGAAAAAAAGCUCAAUAGAUCCUAAAUCAUACUUCAUUAUUUUCAGCUUGUACCAGAAUCUCCCUGGGGAACUCUGCUUCCCCACCCCAAAACCCCUAAUUUUUAAGCAUGGUGAGCUCUCAGGAAGUAGAGCUUUGGAUUAAGGGCUGGGGCACAGGUCAUUUUAAUGAUGGACAAUAAAUGCCACUGAGCUCCUUGGCACACAGAGACUGCAUGAGCACAGGAGAAGCUGAUUAAAUGAGAAAAUGAUAGCUGCUCGCUGUAAUCAGGGACUAUAAUUGGAAUUUUUCUCCUCAGUCUCCUAAAUCUGUGUAUGUGUUACUGGGAUUUGCCAGUGGAUUUAACUCCGUAUUGGACUAGAGGGAAGCAAGAGUUUGAUUUCUGGCUCACCUGGAAGUCUGUCACUCAGCUCCAGGCACAAGUGCUGCAGCAGCAGCCCCUGAGGGAGGGAGCUGCAGGAGAGCAAUAGUGACCAGCAGAAGGAUUAUUUAGUAUAGGAACAAAAUUGAGCCUUUUUCCCCUAAAGUUACCAGCCAGAUAAAGCAGGUUCAGAUUUCCUGGCUGAAAUAGUUUUCUAGUGUUCAAAGCAAUCGGUUUUUCUUUUGGGUUGUGUGCCAGAUGAAAUGGGUUUUUUUUUCCCCUCAUGCUUCCCCCGUAGACUCAUGAAAGCCUGUAUUUUUGUUGUCUUAGUGCUUAUAUUGUCUCACACUUUUGACAAUGGUAUAAACAUUUUAAAUAUGCUAUUUUUGUUCCUGCAUUAGCCAAUUCUAGCUUUAGAGGUCAUAGAGGAUAGAGCUGAGUUCUGUUUGAUGGCCUGAGCCUAGGACACGGGUAGGGGAACUUCAGGUUGGCAGAUAAGAUCUCAGGCUACUCCAGGCAUAAUUUUAGGCAAAACUGCUUUACUUCUCUCUCUCAGACUUCCUAUUGGACCGCUGCAGAGAAGGGAAAAACAUUUAGCGUACCUCAGAGGGCUGCUGGAAUGCAUAGAGAAUCAUUACCUAAUACGUUCUGAAAUGUGGAAAUAUUUGAAGUGGAAAAGGGAGUUUUGAAGAAGGUAGGAAGAGAAGGGAGUCCUGCUUGAUACUGUUCUGCAGUGGGGGAGGUUUGACAGAUGUGCAAUGACUUGAUGGGGGGGGUGUUAAACCUUUUAAGCAACAUGACAUAAGGACUGCUGCUUUAGUUAAGGUACUAUAGACCCUAAAGCUAAUAUACUCUUUAAGCUACUAGACAAUGACUUUUGAAAACAGUAUUCUUUUUUUUUCC